CCGACUAGAAGACAGUGUCGAAGAAGUACCGUAUUUCAAUUUCGUAGACACAUCUAUCUUUAUUCUCGAUUUCGAAGCCAACUUUUCGGACGAGCAAAAACGUCUAUAACUCGACAAGCAUAAGCAACUCGUUAAACCUAAACUUCUACUUCACAAGUAGUAGAAAAAGAGAAAAUAAAAUGGGGGUAAAUAGGGCGGUGAUCUCGCCAUUCUGGCUUGUAGGCCGCACUGAUGUGCAGCAAUCUCCACUUCGCGUACGUCUGUUCCGAAGUAGAGCAGCGGGCUUGCUCGCAGCUCUGGAGGUUCUUCUCGCAGGGCACUUUUUGUGUUUCUGGGUAGUUGUUCCUCCCGAAACACACCUGCUGGAGACGAGGCGUGUAUAUGGAGUGGGGUUGAAACCUCCAAAGAACAAGGGGAGAAAAAAGAAAGAAGGAACUGCUCCUCCUGGUGCUAAUCCAUCACGAUCACCACCGGAAGAAGGAGCACCUGUUGGAAGCAGCGCAAGUGCCAGUGGGGAUCGUGGACUUGGUGUGCCUGCGGCUGGGUCGGCCGCAGUUCGUCCUCCUGAAGAGAAACACCAGGAGCGCCGGUCCAGAAAGCGUAGCAGUAGUCGGAGUGCGUCAAGGCGGAGCGGAGGAAGUGGGCGUGGUAGGUCGAGAAGUCGCUCAGGUUCGAGGAAGAGAAGUCGAACGCCCUCUGCUGGAGCAGCCGCUGGUCGCUUCUCCCGCCCCGCGACGGGGACUGCAAGUCGGAAGAAGUCCCCAAAAAAGACUGAAUCUCUGCAGCUUGGGCGAUGCAUCGCAAUCGCAAGCUCUCUGAAGUAUACAUGUCACGAUGGCGCAACGUCCUUAGACGCGCGUUGCAAGGACUGGUUCAAGAAGACGAGUGUGAACGACAAACACGGACUUGUUCUGCGCGGCAUCGAGUUAUUCCUGAAAACCUACCAGCAGACCGUUCUGGAAAGCGACCCAAUGUCAAAUGAUCGUUAAAAAUCUUUUAUUUCGUGGGACGUAGAGGUAAACGUCAACGUGCAUAGAUACUAUCGCCCAGGCCUUUUGUCAUGUGGUUUCUGGCUGCAAGGUCAAGUCAUGGAAUGCUGUGAAAACAAUGGCUAUGCUUACCCACCUGGCACCUGCUUCACCACGCAUAGCACGAGUCAUGCAGCCUUCUUCAUUUUUGAUACGCUAGAGCUUCAUUUCUAACUUCCACGGCAUAUCUAGAUCUACAGUCAGAAAAAGAAGAACAAAAAGGCCGCGGAUCCGGGCCUUUCAGAAAAAUUAUGUAUAAUUGAGACUAGACGACCACAACAAGGAAGGAUCAAGGAUCAGCAACAGCCUGAGAAUAGACGUUUUGCCGUUUUGGUUUUGCAAAUAGAAGUACAGCAUGGCAUUGUUGCGCGACCGCUAUGCAGGUAGACUUCGGGUCAAGUUUUCCAAUCCGCUUUUCCUCCGAUACCAAUUUGCGCAGAACGAACUCCUGGGGAAGAAAGGCAAGGAUCCACACGGAGGUGAUAAAAACCCAGAGUUUGAAGAAAAAGCAUUGGAGCAAGUUGAGGCCGUGGCCUCUUCGCCUGCGUACCACAUCGACAAAAUGCCUGAGUCUCAAGCUUACCAUCGCGUGGCGAAGUUUUGGAGUGCUGCUUUCGGAAGUAAAGCAUUCCGAUGGAUUUACCUCCUGAAAAGUGAUUAUUACGCCGAUGAAAAAUGCUGCAUUCCUCGACUGUCUGCCGCAGGCAACAACCUCUGUAAAGUAGGGAUUCGUAAUUUAUUUUUUUGCCAUGAGGAGGACCUUCCACGACCACGUACAAAUUUCACCGCCGGUGUUCACAUGCACGCGAUAGUAAAUUUGCAGCGAAGAUGCAAUACAUUUUGUAAAUGAAAGUAUAUCGCAGCAUUGGCAUUUUUGGCCUCGUUGCCGUUCCUGGUGCAUUUACUGAGCGCGAAGGGGACUACCACCAGUGAGUCUGUUAGUACAUCAGAAGUUUCGCAGGACACUACCGAGGGACAGGCCUGCUAUAGUACUACUUCAACUUCUGAUCGUCCUCGGAUCAUGCCUUACAACAUGUUUCGUGAUCGUUGGGCGACAGCAUUGGGGACAGGAGUUUUCUACUCCUCCAUAAUUGCCAGUGCAACGUCGUGGACCGACAGGAGUUCGAAAGGCACGAGUGCAAAGAUGUUCUGAAAAUUUAUGGCACAAAGACUCACGGGUACAGCGACGAAAAGGCGCGCGAACGGAGGGACAAGGUGAAAUGGUUUGUGGAAAAGGUGAUCCGACCUCUCGAAGACACAUUUCGAGAUCGGCUCCAAAAAAAGCGACUGGAGCAACUCGAGCAGCGGAAUCAACAAGCACAGCAAAGUGCAGCAGGUACCGCUCCCGGCGCCGAAGAUGAAGCAGAAACAGGCACGGACAGCGACGAAGAGAUAAAGGAAGACGUGGACGUUGAAGAGGAAAUGUAUCUGAACGAGGACCAAGUCGCACGUGCUCAAAAUAUGAAAGCAAUGCACGGCAAUUGUGGAAGUGGGUGGCUGCUGCUGGUGCAGGUAAGUAGCUUUAAUCAUCCUCCUCCGUCCAAUAUAUGAGGAUUUAACACAGCAGCAAAACCAGUAGAAAUUGAAUUGUAUAUCCUCCUGCGCUUCCACCUGGUAGCCAUCGUGCCCACUUGCACCAUUGUCGUUUUUUCUCUUUCGGGGUAUAGAUCAAUGGAAGAAACUAAUGGAAACGAAAAAACAACUGAUAAGUGUUGCCAAGGAGCGUGCCAAGCAAACAAGCAAAAAGCUCGACGAAACUGCGUUGGAGCAAGGUAUUAGUGCAGCAGAUGAGGAACGUAAGCGAAUCGCGGCGGACCAAGGUGAGAAAGGCCUCAGCAAAAAGUAUGAAAAUUCAAAAAUUGAGCACGCACAAGCUUCGCGGGCCUUCUACAGAAUGAUCCGUCGGGCACGCACUGAACACCAGCGGAGUGUCAAAGGAAUAGCGAAAGAUCUGAAAAAGACCGGGAGGGACAUGAAGAACGCAGAGCAGCUCGCAAAUUAUCUCCAAACCAAACUGCUAUCCGGCAGCGGUGCGGCUGCGGUGGAGGACGCCAUUGAUCUCGGGGGAAGGCAGUUCGCAAACGAAUAUGGGAAAGCACAUAUGCUGCCGCAUUUUCUACAGGUGGUCAGCUCCUCGGGUUGUGACGCUUUAACGCUUGCAAUUGAGGGUCGUCCGGCCGGUGCAGGCGACUGGUGCGAGCCCUUUUUGAAAACGAAGCUUCUGCAAGACCGCCUAAAAGAGAUCCCCUCUUGUCGCAUCUUUGUUUCGUCAGUGGAGUUCGCAAACUUGUUUCGCGUGCCUACACUCCCCGAUCGGGGGGACGGUAGCGACUCAAAAACCGCGCGAGAGGAUGACGAUCAUGCGCGGCGGAACUUUGACUUUCCCACGUCAGCCGCAUCGGGGAAAGAAAAAGAUGUGGAAUUUUCUAAAUGCCUUGUUUACGCGUACCGUGGCUUACUUUCGGUUUACGAUGCAAGUAUCCAGGCAGUCGAGGCCGCCGACGUUUCAAUGAUGGAUACUGCGUAUCCUCUGGAAAGUUAUCGCACCAUCGCGCUCCAUUUGGUUGUAAACGCAUUUUUUCAUGGCUAUAUCAUUUGAACGUGCUCUCUGUCAUGCAUUGGUAUCAACCAUAACCAUGAUGAUAUCUGUAUCGUCCGAAUCAUAAGAGGUGGUGCGGGCGGCGAUGGUGAUUGUGUUUUGGAUGUCUUGCUGCAGUACUUGGGUACUCAGCUCGAGCUGCUCAAGAGGGAGAUGUCAGCAAACGACCAUCGCAGGAAUUUUGAUGUCACUGGACUCGUCGCGAGGCUUAAACAGGCAGCGAGGACGGAUCCGCUGGUUGCCGUGGUUGAACAGAGCAUACAACGGUGGAAAACCGAGCGGACGAAGUGGAAGAAGACCUUAUUCAGUCUUUUUCUUAACCGGGACGAGAACGACCAACACUUUCUUGACAAGGCGAGUGAAAUAUUCGCAAGAUUGCCGAGCAAGGCGGGCUGGCAAACGAGGAAGGUCAAUGAAGUUUCUUCCGAUGGUGAGGAUCGCGCGUUUGUGUACAACAAAUGGAUGCAAAAAGUCCUCUAUCCAAUAAAGAAACCAUGUUGUUGUAGCUUUUUGAUCAUGAUGAUGAUUCAGGAAGUGAUUGGAUGUAGUUGAAGAAAACACGGCAGUCGCAGUGAGUGCCCAUCUUGUUGUUGUUUUGUGUAUGGAAACGACAGCGUAAUAUCGUUUCUCUCCUUCGCAAUGUCCUGUGCUGGUAGCAAUAGCAAAUAUCGUAUUUGAUGGCGACGUGACAUUUGAGAAACAUAAAUAAAAAUGAGCCCUACAAGAAGAGCAAGGUGCGCGCUUUCGCUUUUCUUCCAAGAAGUAAGUAUGACAAUCUAUCAGCAACAAGAACAACAAAGUGGUUAUAGAUUGCUGCAUGCUGCCCUCCCGACAAGCUACAACUCGAAGAAGUAAAGCAAAAGAGUGCAGCCUUGCAAGCGCAGGUCACUUCGCGAAAGAAUGAUCAAGAUUCUCAAACGACACAUGUUUUCUACGGGAUGCUCCCGGGUACGAUCCUUCGAUGAAUCCAGCGCGAGCAGCGGAAACGAAUGCAGUCCCUGCGGAGAGCCUCUUGAUCGAGUUUCUUGAGCCAAGCACUGACGAACACUAUGGCUCCUUUACGGUUCUGACAGAUGACGGUACGGCUUACCGGUACGCGCAAACGGUUCGGAUCGGGGAGCAAGAGCAUGUAGAUAAAUUUCACCAGCGCUUCAUCGACGAGAAAAACUUAUUUGCCGACCUGCGCACAGACGCGGUGCGGUACUCACUAGGUGCCAAUAUCCGAAGUACUAUUUUUCGAGAAGGCAUAGCGCCAGAAAUGCAGAUCGGAAGAACUACUUCUUCCGAAGUGAGCGUUGAAGGCGGCGCUCUUCAGUUGGGAAAGUCAAGCAGACGCACCUUCAGUUGGGAAAGCGACGCUUUCUUGCCAGGCAUUCUGGGCGGAAGCGAAGCUGCCGAGGACGCACCGAGUUUUUUUUCGCUACUGCAAGGCCGGAUGCUACCGUUACCACUGGUGGAGCAGAUGUCAAAGGACAUUUUGUUCGGCCAGUCAGUGUCUCCCGAGCUUGUAGACGAGUUCGAAGAGAUGUUGUGGGGGAAAGAAAAAGAUCGCCGUCCGGAGCCACAGCAUUAUCUUGAAUUUUGCUCGACCGUCAGGGAUCAGCAGCAACAGGUUGAGGCUGGUAAUGGCUGCGCCCGCCCAGCACUACAAGUGACACACCUCCAGGCUCGCAUCUACUCUUUUACACGCACGGCGUUUGCUCAACAAAUGGGACUGAUCAGUCUCAAGCACGAGUUUCCUCCAGAAUCGGAUUAUACCUGCCCGCAGUAUUUUUCAGACGAGGAGCACGAGAGACUCCUAGGCACGCGGGAGCGCUUCCAAGGCCUGGAACACACGGAGCGGAUCCAGCAGCUGAUCGCGGACAAGACGCAGAUCGGCGCUCAGCAGUUGCGGGCGCACUGUCUACAAUAUGCCUACCGUGGCGCAAUAGCAGCGUAUCGCACCACCAUUAAGUGGUUCCGGAAGUUUCUUCGCCACUCGACAGAUGCGAACCAAAAAGCCGAGUAUUUCGAAGCGGCGCUGCAAGAGUUAGAAUCUUGGGGGCGCAAAAAUGUUCCCGCAUGGCGGAAAUUCUUGAUUGGAUACGUCACACAACCACCCGAGGUGGAAAGUAACGAAAAAUACCUUGCCAAUCUCAGACAAGAGGCCGACGACCGUGCUCGCUUCUAUUACGUAUGGCGGAGCGGCGUUGAGAUGAUGGAUGCGCGGGAUACGGAUCAACUCGCAAAGUCAGACGGGGAGACUACGCGCGCUGAACAAGGAGUGCCAGCGGCACCAAGACAGGAGGAGCGUGACCUGCUCUAUCAGAGGAAGACGCAAAGACUGAUUGACUCAAUCAAUGUCCCAAACCCGCUCCCAGAAGACGCACCAUUUGCCCGGAGCGCUAUGCAUGGCUUUGGACCCGCUCCCGCCGGCAGGUCAGACUCGAAGUCAGGGGUGACAGACGCAGAGAAGGCGGAGCUGGCCGAGGCUCUCAGAUUCUCAGUCGGCUCCAAUGUCGUGGAUCGGAAGUUCAAUUUGGGUCUUGGUCUUCCACCUGUGUCCUGUCGAAAAUUCUAUCUGCUCUACAAGCAAGGCGCGGAACCAACAGGACCCUUUCCAGACGCGGCUCCGUGGGACGAAUUCUCGAAAAACGUGUCGGCUGAGCGCCGUGCGACCGACGCAGCGCCGGACACGCCGUUAGUCUCCAUGGAGUUGUUUCAAGAGAUGUCUAAGGACAUACUGUUCGGCGCAGACAUGUAUGGCAUAAGAUAUCGCACUCGCGGCGUCUCUAGUAACUUGACUGCAUAGCACUAUUGUAGUACUUCAUCAUUUAGCUGCGAGGUGGAUCUGCUACAUCAAGUGCACCCAACCCAGAUUGUGCAGUUGUCAAGCAUGACUGGACAUAAAGAUAAUCAUGCAAGUAGUUUUAUGUUCCUGUUCGGGCCGGCGAUCGCGAAGAAUGUUUUUCGGAAUGUUGACCCAGCAUAUCUUCCGCGUCGUAUAUGGGUAUCGGAAAAAUAAAGCCAUCGUGGCAUGAUUUGCAUAUUCACUGCAGCUCACUGUUUCGUGUCGAAGUCGAAAGGUAUCUUUCAAUUUCGCAUGUCCUAACAGACAAGUCUGCUACAGAUGACUUGCAUUUGAUAAAGAUGAGCAGCUUGUGCUACACGUGACAAAAAAUGGGGUGCUUCUUACUAGAUGACGCCUUUUUGUUUUUGUUCCGCGAUAUCGGGAUGCUAUCGACGAGAUUCCUCGCGAAGGCGAGACUUUCCAAAAUUUUUGGAUCUUCCGAUCAAGGUGUUGAAGCCGACGGAAGGCCAUGGUAUUUGAGAUCAGCUGGUGACGGUGCGGCGGAUGUAGAGUUACGUGAGGCAUAACACGAUCAGAGUCCUCCCCGCUCCGGUAUCAAGACUGAUAUUUGAGUUCAAGUUCAAUCAUGUCCGCCAAUUUUCGUGAUUUCAGCUUGCUUAUUUUGCUGAUCUGCAUUUUGAGGAGGAGGGCCAGCGUACGCAUGCGGUGCUUUUAUCAUGUCUUCGGUUCACUUAUAUGAUAUCGCGCAUUUUGUAGAAAAUGAAAACUACCCGAGUAACCCCCUAAAAAAGUAUAUAAAUGUUUUAAAAAAGUAGUUGUACACAAACGCGAAUAGAUAAUUGUAUAAAAGGUGAAACAUGAAAACGGGGUCUCGCACCCUCGCGGUAUCGUUGGCAGGACCACGCGACGGAUUCUGUUUGUUUUGCUUUUUCUAUGAACCGUCGGGCCCGGGCAUCCAUAG